AUGCGCUCCCUUCUUGCGCUGCCAGAUCCAAGAGACUACGAUGUUGAUUUCCUAUCAGGGUUUGUGACUGUGAGGCCCACGGAGCUACCGGGGUGCUAUACACCCUGGUGCAAACUAAUCUCUGAUCUACCACAUCUGCUCGAGUCCAAGACCCUCCAGAUGCAGGUGGACAAUCUCGAGAUCCUCACCACGGACCAUCUCACGACUCCCGAACACUGGCAACGUGCAUACGUUGUCCUUGGGUUUUUGACCCAAGCCUACCUCUGGCAAGAGAAAAGCAAGCCCUCAGCAGUCAUCCCAGCGAGUCUCGGUGAGCCCUUCCUUGAAGUCUGUGACCAUCUUGGGACGAAACCCGUUUUGAGCUAUGCCGGGCUCUGCCUGUGGAACUGGGUGCAAAGAGAUCAAGAUAUCCGCUUGCCGUCGUCACAGGCUCUAGCCGAUUUUCAGGACAUCAAGUCAUUUGCUUCUUUCACAUGCACGCGGGACGAAGAUGCCUUCUAUCUGGUGCCUGUAAUGGUCGAGGCCCAGGGCGGCAAGCUCAUCAAGUUGAUGCUCGAUACAAUAGCUGCAGACCAAAAGGGCGAGUCACCAAAUCUGGUGCCAAUAUUGGAUAUUUGCGCAGCGACACUUACGACCAUGGGAAAAACCCUUGCGGUCUUGCACCAGAAUUGUGAUCCAAUGUUCUUCUUCCAACAGAUACGCCCAAUGCUCGGAGGCAGCGUGGGUGCGGAAGAAAAGGGACUGCCAAACGGCGUGGCCUUCAAACGAAGCAACGGAUCUCGGGUCGUCGUCAAGUGCGUUGGGGGCAAUGCAGGACAGAGUUCUCUCUUUCAAUUUCUCGACCACAUGUUUGGCAUUCGCCAUGAAUCCAAAAUGCUAAUUGAGAUGAGGGCCUAUAUGCCAAAGAAACACCGGGAUUUUCUCGAAGCGGUUGAACUAAUGCCUUCGUUGCGGGACAUCAUAGACCGACGUUCAGGAGACAGGGAAUUGCACGAUGCCUUCCAAAGCGUCAUCGAUGCAUUUCAGAAAUGGAGAACGAGUCAUGUCAUCAUCGUGUCGAGGUUUAUUGUCCAGCCAGCAGCACUUGAGGCGAAGAACAACGCUGCCGUUGAGCAAAGAGGUACAGGUGGCUCGCUCCCAAUCCCGUUCUUGAAGCAAUACAGGGAUGAGACUGUCCUUGCGCCUCGAUCUUGA